GACUGAAAAGCAUUUCCUUGAGGACGGCACAGCUUGCCCUACCCAAAACAGUCUUCUUUUUUUUUUUUUUCCUGGCUGGGCCAGUUUCAUCUGAAAUACAGAGUGACCAGAGGAAGGACACGUUGUAUAUGCUUACCUGAUUGGUACAGCUGUGUGACUACCUCCCAACCUGGAAAACAGGUGAAGAAGGGAGAGACUAAUAUACUGUAUAUGGAUUGCCUGUAAUGGACCUGGCACGACACCAGCACCAGGUCAGCGCUGAUACUACUUCCCCGGACACCAGACGGCUCAGCUCAGAAGCACGCUGGCCCACUCCUGAGGCGGUGAAUCUACUCUUUGCUCCUGAAGGUGCAGAAUGAGGCGGUGAUGUGUUCCCACAGAACAACUCAACCCUUGGGGAUUAUUCUCUCUUGUUCUGUGCAUCCUCUGGCGGUCAAGCGCUGAAGUGAACUGCCGUGUGGCAAUGGGGGAUGAGAGGCGCAUGACGCGGAUGCUGUUGGAAUGCAGUCUCAGUGACAAGUUGUGUAUUGUCCGGGAGCAGCAGUAUGAAAUCAUCAUCAUCCCAACCCUUCUGGUUGGGAUCUUCCUCAUUCUCCUCGGGGUCAUCCUGUGGCUUUUCAUCCGAGAACAAAGAGAGCACCAGCAGUCUCCUGGACUACAAGGUGUUGCCCACGUGCCUCCAUCUAGGGACCUAAGCUGGGAAGCAGCAAGACCUGAAGGAAGUGUGUUUGUACCACUUAAGGAGACAUCAGUGGAAAGCCUUCUACGAACUUCCACACGUGCCCUGGCUAAGCUGCAGGUGCCCCGGGAGCACCUCUCUGAAGUUCUGGAGCAAAUCCACAAUGGUAGUUUUGGGACCAUCUACCGAACCAAGAUAUAUACUGGGGACCCUGAUAAGCCCAAGAGUGUUGUCCUCAAGGCUUUAAAAGAACCAGCUGGGCUCCAAGAGGUGCAGAAGUUCUUAGGGCAAAUCCGGUUCUAUCAGUACCUGGGGAAGCACAAGAACCUGGUACAGCUGGAAGGCUGCUGCACAGAAGGGCUGCCGCUCUAUAUGGUGUUGGAGGAUGUGGCCCAGGGGGACCUGCUCAGCUUUCUCUGGACCUGUCGCCGGGAUGUGAUGACCAUGGAUGGCCUUCCCUAUGACCUCACAGAAAAACAAAUAUAUCACAUUGGGAAGCAGGUCCUUUUGGCUGUGGAAUUUCUCCAGGAUAAGCAUCUGUUCCAUGGGGAUGUGGCAGCCAGGAAUAUCCUGAUCCAGUGUGAUCUCACUGCUAAGCUCUGCGGACUGGGCCUGGCUUAUGAAGUCCACUCCCGAGGGGCCAUCUCGUCUACUCGCAUCGUACCCCUCAAGUGGCUCGCCCCAGAACGGCUUCUGCUGAGACCGGCUAGCAUCAAAGGAGACAUCUGGUCUUUUGGGAUACUGCUCUACGAGAUGGUGACGCUAGGGGCACCUCCAUAUCCUGAAGUCCCUCCUACCAGCGUCCUACAGUAUCUCCAAAGAAGGAAAAUCAUGAAGAGACCCAGUAGCUGCACACACACCAUGUACGGUCUCAUGAAGUCCUGCUGGCGUUGGAGUGAGGACAGCCGCCCCUCACUUAGAGAGCUACACUCACGCCUAGAAACUGCCGCUCGAACUGCAAAUGACAAGGCUGUGUUGCAAGUACCAGAGUUGGUGGUGCCUGAAUUGUACGCAGCUGUGGCAGGCGUCAGCGUGGAGAGUCUCUCCUAUAGCUAUAGCGUCCUUUGAAGAUCCUGGGGCAACACACAUUUUUGGGAGAUCAUAUACUCUUGGAACCAAUUCCUCCAAGAACAGAGAAAAGACUUUCUACUGGGACAUAAAGGGAGGUACGGGACAUGGAUCCUGCGUCUUCCCCUGCACAUUUCCCUAGAAACCUGAAAUGAUGCUAGAUGAGGCUGCACGCACCAUACACCCUCGAGACUGAGAAGUACAGUUUCAUUUCUGUUAUCCCAGUCCUGAAGAUGCAGGGUAGAUGGGAUGGACCGUGUCAAUGCAAGGGAGGUUUUACAAGUGUGCAGUGUUUGUCGCAGCAUGGCACAGAUAAGCUGGUCCCUCCCACCACAGGCUGGUUUCCUUUGAAACACGCUUUUAUCUAGACUAUUAUAAGGUCCAGAAAAUUUGAAUCAAAUGAGGGAAGAGAAAGCUGAUAAAGAAGUUGAUGAGAAGAAAAUUGAAGGUUCUACUUGCUCAGGAGUAUAGAUGAGGACCAAGGUCAUCCUUCAGAGAGAAGGGGGAGGAAGGACAUACAGGACUUCAUUCCUGGUCCGUUCAUGCAGGGCUGAAGGAGAACCAUUAAGGAAGACUUCUGAGCUCCCCCUAAGGUGUAUAUAGGAGAAAUAUGGUCCCCUUUGAUCUAAUUCUGAGGUAGGUGAACCCUGUUGGUACCAUUUUAACUAGAAGCUGGAGAGGUCAUUUCAUGAUUAAGAACAUUCAACUUGUACUUUUCAACAGUCUGGCUUCCUGGCCCCUAUAAGACUAGGGAGACUGAGCCCAGAGGGUCAAUUGGGUCGAUGAUGAAUACACUGUGUAUUUAAUAAAUGGGAAAUAUGGAAAUCAAGCAAAAGUGCUUGGUAGGCAAGGACGUCUUUAACAAGGGCUAGAAAAGGAUGUAACCUGAGAUGGAAGGAUGAUGGGUUCCCAUUUUCAAUCAUCCAAUGAUCUACUGUGAAAGUUAUUUCAUUAAAUUCAUAUUUAUUGAGUGAAAGUAGGCUUUUCAGGUUAUACAGUUGCCAAAAUCUCUCCAAUAGGAAGGAUAACAGUAGAUAAAUGAAAGCUAACGUCAACAGAAAAAUUCAAGAGGCAAUCUACAUUGUCAGAAAAGGGAUUCCUCAUGCGUGAAAAGGGGAUACUACCUACCUCACAGGGUUGUCAUGAGGAUUGAAUGAGAGUAUAUAUUUGUACCGUAUCUGGCACAUACUAUGUGCUCAAUAAAUGUUAAUUUCCUUACUCUCAUCCUUACUAGCCUAGAAUCUUUCAUAUCUUUUUCAUUUAACACCUACGGUGGCCAAGAAGAGAACCUCAGUCUGUCAGUCACACUGCAAGGGAGGACAUGCUUAAAGAUGAUGGUAUGGUACAAAUACCACUUGACUAAAAUGAGGAAGUCAUAAUUUUUGUGUGAGCGUCUGGAUGAUGACAGUCAUCUCCUACUAGUUCAAAAUACUGGAAAUACCAUGAUAAUGACAGUUCAGCUGAACAUGUGGUCUGUGAUUUUAAACAAUACCUUGGAUACUCUAGAAGGGACAUCCAAGGCUGCUAUAGGAAAAUGACUGGCAGUUGAAAAACUUGCAGAAGUUAGAAUCCUGAUGGAGUCAUGAUGAGUCGCCCAACUGAAUAAUGAUUCUUGCACCUCUAGGAAUACCGCAGUGACUAGACAGAAUUUAAAUGCGUGGUAAGCAGCAAUAGGGAGAAGGGAGGAAGAAUGGCUCAGCACAAAAUGAUGAAGUCCUAUGGAAUCUCAUUGUUCUCAGCUGUUCAUUUAAGUCAAAUUUACAAAAUAUUUAUUUAUUUAUUCAACUAUUUUCAAAGAAUAGAGUGUUAAGGCCAACUGUGCCAGACGCCAUGCUAGGUGUUGGAUAAUAAGAAAAGGAGAGCUUUGGCUUACAGUCUAGAAAGCAAGAGACACUAUAUACACAUUUAUGUGGGUAUUUGUUAAUUACAGCUGUGAUAAGUGCUGUGAAGAAAAAGUAUAGGGUAGUAGAAGGGAGUAUAAAAUGGGGACCUCCCUGAAAAAAUGGCAUUUAGACUGAGACCUUAGGGAUGGGUGAGUAAGCCUGACAGUGAGAAGAGCCUUCCAGUUGAAGGAUUAUGUAUGUGAAAACUCUGAGGCAAGAAAAAACUCAGCUUGAGCAACUGCAAGGAGGCUAGUGGGAGGGAGGUACAGUGAAGCGGGAGGAGAGUGGUGCAUGAUGAAAUGGAGCAUUGCUCUUUCACGCUGUAUUUUUUUUUUGCAAGGGAAAUAAUGAAUUCACCUUUACCAAUGAUAUUCAAAGUAGCACUCGACACUCAUCCAUCAGGGGUAAAUUAGGAAUAAUAAAAAUCAACUCUACCAACAGUCUGGGAAUAGAUCAGAUGAUCCAAGAGGGAAUACUUCUCAAAAUCCCCACCAUGUACAAAAAGAGACUCAAUGGAAAAGAGUAGCUUUUAAAAUAUGUAAGAGAAAAAAAUAUUAAUUCUACAAAUAGUUAUUCAUUGUAUACCACAUACAAAGCUCAAAGUUAGCUUCUAUGGAAGAAAUAAAGACAAAUCCUGAAUGACUCAAGCCCUCAAGUCACUUAUUUGGUAGUAAAUUGGUGCCCCUCAUUUUUUUUUUAUUACAUAUCUUUAUUAGGAAAAAUAUUUUGAGCACUCAAUCCUAAUAAAAUUAUAUAAUUUAUAUGUAGAUAUAAAAUAUACACAGUAUAAAAUAAAUGCAAUAUAAAUUAAAAUUGGUAAAAUAAAGAAAUAUUUUAAAAUUUU